AUGCAACCACCGUGUCAGCCUCCUAACUCCAGUAUCCAACCAGCAUGUCAGCCUCCUAACUCCAGUAUCCAAGUAUGCAACCACCGUGUCAGCCUCCUAACUCCAGUAUCCAACCACCAUGUCAGCCUCCUAACUCCAGUAUCCAAGUAUCCAACCACCGUGUCAGCCUCCUAACUCCAGUAACCAACCACCAUGUCAGCCUCCUAACUCCAGUAUCCAACCACCGUGUCAGCCUCCUAACUCCUGUAUCCAACCACCGUGUCAGCCUCCUAACUCCUGUAUCCAACCACCGUGUCAGCCUCCUAACUCAAGUAUCCAAGUAUCCAACCACCGUCUCAGCCUCCUAACUCCAGUAUCCAACCACCAUCUUAGCCUCCUAACUCCUGUAUCCAACCACCGUGUCAGCCUCCUAACUCAAUUAUCCAACCACCGUGUCAGCCUCCUAACUCCAGUAUCCAAGUAUCCAACCACCGUCUCAGCCUCCUAACUCCAGUAUCCAACCACCAUCUUAGCCUCCUAACUCCUGUAUCCAACCACCGUGUCAGCCUCCUAACUCAAUUAUCCAACCACCAUGUCAGCCUCCUAACUCCUGUAUCCAACCACCGUGUCAGCCUCCUAACUCCUGUAUCCAACCACCGUGUCAGCCUCCUAACUGAAGUAUGCAACCACCGUGUCAGCCUCCUAACUCCUGUAUCCAACCACCGUGUCAGCCUCCUAACUGAAGUAUGCAACCACCGUGUCAGCCUCCUAACUCAAGUAUCCAAACACCGUGUCAGCCUCCUAACUCAAGUAUCCAACCACCGUGUCAGCCUCCAAACUCCAGUAUCCAACCACCGUGUCAGCAUCCUAACUCCAGUAUCCAAGUAUCCAACCACCGUGUCAGCCUCCUAACUCCAGUAUCCAACCACCGUGUCAGCAUCCUAACUCCAGUAUCCAAGUAUCCAACCACCGUGUCAGCCUCCUAACUCCAGAAUCCAACCACCAUGUCAGCCUCCUAACUCCAGUAUCCAACCACUGUGUCAGCCUCCUAACUCCAGUAUCCAACCACCAUCUCAGCCUCCUAACUCACGUAUCCAACCACCGUGUCAGCAUCCUAACUCCAGUAUCCAAGUAUCCAACCACCGUGUCAGCCUCCUAACUCCAGUAUCCAACCACCGUGUCAGCCUCCUAACUCCAGUAUCCAACCACCGUGUCAGCCUCCUAACUCCAGUAUCCAACCACCAUCUCAGCCUCCUAACUCCUGUAUCCAACCACCGUGUCAGCCUCCUAACUCCAGUAUCCAAGUAUCCAACCACUGUGUCAGCCUCCUAACUGAAGUAUGCAACCACCGUGUCAGCCUCCUAACUCCAGUAUCCAACCAGCAUGUCAGCCUCCUAACUCCAGUAUCCAAGUAUGCAACCACCGUGUCAGCCUCCUAACUCCAGUACCCAACCACCAUGUCAGCCUCCUAACUCCAGUAUCCAACCACCAUGUCAGCCUCCUAACUCCAGUAUCCAACCACCGUGUCAGCCUCCUAACUCCAGUAUCCAACCACCAUGUCAGCCUCCUAACUCCUGUAUCCAACCACCGUGUCAGCCUCCUAACUCCUGUAUCCAACCACCGUGUCAGCCUCCUAACUCAAGUAUCCAAGUAUCCAACCACCGUCUCAGCCUCCUAACUCCAGUAUCCAACCACCAUCUUAGCCUCCUAACUCCUGUAUCCAACCACCGUGUCAGCCUCCUAACUCAAUUAUCCAACCACCGUGUCAGCCUCCUAACUCCAGUAUCCAAGUAUCCAACCACCGUCUCAGCCUCCUAACUCCAGUAUCCAACCACCAUCUUAGCCUCCUAACUCCUGUAUCCAACCACCGUGUCAGCCUCCUAACUCAAUUAUCCAACCACCAUGUCAGCCUCCUAACUCCUGUAUCCAACCACCGUGUCAGCCUCCUAACUCCUGUAUCCAACCACCGUGUCAGCCUCCUAACUGAAGUAUGCAACCACCGUGUCAGCCUCCUAACUCCUGUAUCCAACCACCGUGUCAGCCUCCUAACUGAAGUAUGCAACCACCGUGUCAGCCUCCUAACUCAAGUAUCCAAACACCGUGUCAGCCUCCUAACUCAAGUAUCCAACCACCGUGUCAGCCUCCAAACUCCAGUAUCCAACCACCGUGUCAGCAUCCUAACUCCAGUAUCCAAGUAUCCAACCACCGUGUCAGCCUCCUAACUCCAGUAUCCAACCACCGUGUCAGCAUCCUAACUCCAGUAUCCAAGUAUCCAACCACCGUGUCAGCCUCCUAACUCCAGAAUCCAACCACCAUGUCAGCCUCCUAACUCCAGUAUCCAACCACUGUGUCAGCCUCCUAACUCCAGUAUCCAACCACCAUCUCAGCCUCCUAACUCACGUAUCCAACCACCGUGUCAGCAUCCUAACUCCAGUAUCCAAGUAUCCAACCACCGUGUCAGCCUCCUAACUCCAGUAUCCAACCACCGUGUCAGCCUCCUAACUCCAGUAUCCAACCACCGUGUCAGCCUCCUAACUCCAGUAUCCAACCACCAUCUCAGCCUCCUAACUCCUGUAUCCAACCACCGUGUCAGCCUCCUAACUCCAGUAUCCAAGUAUCCAACCACCGUGUCAGCCUCCUAACUGAAGUAUGCAACCACCGUGUCAGCCUCCUAACUCCAGUAUCCAACCAGCAUGUCAGCCUCCUAACUCCAGUAUCCAAGUAUGCAACCACUGUGUCAGCCUCCUAACUCCAGUACCCAACCACCAUGUCAGCCUCCUAACUCCAGUAUCCAACCACCAUGUCAGCCUCCUAACUCCAGUAUCCAACCACCGUGUCAGCCUCCUAACUCCAGUAUCCAACCACCAUGUCAGCCUCCUAACUCCAGUAUCCAACCACCGUCUCAGCCUCCUAACUCCAGUAUCCAACCACCGUGUCAGCCUCCUAACUCCAGUAUCCAACCACCGUGUCAGACUCCUAACUCCAGUAUCCAACCACAGUGUCAGCCUCCUAACUCCAGUAUCCAAGUAUCCAACCACCGGGACAGCCUCCUAACUCCAGUAUCCAACCACCGUGUCAGACUCCUAACUCCAGUAUCCAACCACCGUGUCAGCCUCCUAACUCCAGUAUCCAAGUAUCCAACCACCGGGACAGCCUCCUAACUCCAGUAUCCAACCACCAUGUCAGCCUCUUAACUCCAGUAUCCAACCACCAUGUCAGCCUCCUAACUCCAGUACCAAGUAUCCAACCACUGUGUCAGCCUCCUAACUCCUGUAUCCAAGCACCGUGUCAGCCUCCUAACUCAAGUAUCCAACCACCGUUUCAGCCUCCUAACUCCAGUAUCCAACCACCGUGUCAGCCUCCUAACUCCAGUAUCCAACCACCAUGUCAGCCUCCUAACUCCAGUGUCCAACCACCGUCUCAGCCUCCUAACUCCAGUAUCCAACCACCGUGUCAGCCUCCUAACUCCAGUAUCCAACCACCGUGUCAGACUCCUAACUCCAGUAUCCAACCACAGUGUCAGCCUCCUAACUCCAGUAUCCAAGUAUCCAACCACCGGGACAGCCUCCUAACUCCAGUAUCCAACCACCGUGUCAGACUCCUAACUCCAGUAUCCAACCACCGUGUCAGACUCCUAACUCCAGUAUCCAAGUCUCCAACCACCGUGUCAGCCUCCUAACUCCAGUAUCCAACCACCGUGUCAGACUCCUAACUCCAGUAUCCAACCACCGUGUCAGCCUCCUAACUCCAGUAUCCAAGUAUCCAACCACCGGGACAGCCUCCUAACUCCAGUAUCCAACCACCAUGUCAGCCUCUUAACUCCAGUAUCCAACCACCAUGUCAGCCUCCUAACUCCAGUACCAAGUAUCCAACCACUGUGUCAGCCUCCUAACUCCUGUAUCCAAGCACCGUGUCAGCCUCCUAACUCAAGUAUCCAACCACCGUUUCAGCCUCCUAACUCCUGUAUCCAACCACCGUGUCAGCCUCCUAACUCCUGUAUCCAACCACCGUGUCAGCCUCCUAACUCAAGUAUCCAACCACCGUUUCAGCCUCCUAACUCCUGUAUCCAACCACCGUGUCAGCCUCCUAACUCAAGUAUCCAACCACCGUUUCAGCCUCCUAACUCCUGUAUCCAACCACCGUGUCAGCCUCCUAACUCAAGUAUCCAACCACCGUUUCAGCCUCCUAACUCCUGUAUCCAACCACCGUUUCAGCCUCCUAACUCCUGUAUCCAAUCACCGUGUCAGCCUCCUAACUCCUGUAUCCAACCACCGUGUCAGCCUCCUAACUCCUGUAUUCAACCACCGUGUCAGCCUCCUAACUCAAGUAUGCAACCACCGUGUCAGCCUCCUAACUCCAGUAUCCAACCACCGUGUCAGCAUCCUAACUCCAGUAUCCAAGUAUCCAACCACCGUGUCAGCCUCCUAACUCCAGAAUCCAACCACCAUGUCACCCUCCUAACUCCAGUAUCCAACCACUGUGUCAGCCUCCUAACUCCAGUAUCCAACCACCAUCUCAGCCUCCUAACUCACGUAUCCAACCACCGUGUCAGCAUCCUAACUCCAGUAUCCAAGUAUCCAACCACCGUGUCAGCCUCCUAACUCCAGUAUCCAACCACCGUGUCAGCCUCCUAACUCCAGUAUCCAACCACCGUGUCAGCCUCCUAACUCCAGUAUCCAACCACCAUCUCCGCCUCCUAACUCCUGUAUCCAACCACCGUGUCAGCCUCCUAACUCCAGUAUCCAAGUAUCCAACCACCGUGUCAGCCUCCUAACUGAAGUAUGCAACCACCGUGUCAGCCUCCUAACUCCAGUAUCCAACCAGCAUGUCAGCCUCCUAACUCCAGUAUCCAAGUAUGCAACCACCGUGUCAGCCUCCUAACUCCAGUAUCCAACCACCAUGUCAGCCUCCUAACUCCAGUAUCCAAGUAUCCAACCACCGUGUCAGCCUCCUAACUCCAGUAUCCAACCACCAUGUCAGCCUCCUAACUCCAGUAUCCAACCACCGUCUCAGCCUCCUAACUCCAGUAUCCAACCACCGUGUCAGCCUCCUAACUCCAGUAUCCAACCACCGUGUCAGACUCCUAACUCCAGUAUCCAACCACAGUGUCAGCCUCCUAACUCCAGUAUCCAAGUAUCCAACCACCGGGACAGCCUCCUAACUCCAGUAUCCAACCACCGUGUCAGACUCCUAACUCCAGUAUCCAACCACCGUGUCAGACUCCUAACUCCAGUAUCCAAGUCUCCAACCACCGUGUCAGCCUCCUAACUCCAGUAUCCAACCACCAUGUCAGCCUCUUAACUCCAGUAUCCAACCACCAUGUCAGCCUCCUAACUCCAGUACCAAGUAUCCAACCACUGUGUCAGCCUCCUAACUCCUGUAUCCAAGCACCGUGUCAGCCUCCUAACUCAAGUAUCCAACCACCGUUUCAGCCUCCUAACUCCUGUAUCCAACCACCGUGUCAGCCUCCUAACUCCUGUAUCCAACCACCGUGUCAGCCUCCUAACUCAAGUAUCCAACCACCGUUUCAGCCUCCUAACUCCUGUAUCCAACCACCGUGUCAGCCUCCUAACUCAAGUAUCCAACCACCGUUUCAGCCUCCUAACUCCUGUAUCCAACCACCGUGUCAGCCUCCUAACUCAAGUAUCCAACCACCGUUUCAGCCUCCUAACUCCUGUAUCCAACCACCGUUUCAGCCUCCUAACUCCUGUAUCCAAUCACCGUGUCAGCCUCCUAACUCCUGUAUCCAACCACCGUGUCAGCCUCCUAACUCCUGUAUUCAACCACCGUGUCAGCCUCCUAACUCAAGUAUGCAACCACCGUGUCAGCCUCCUAACUCCAGUAUCCAACCACCGUGUCAGCCUCCUAACUCCAGUCUCCAACCACCGUCUCAGCCUCCUAACUCCUGUAUCCAACCACCGUGUCAGCCUCCUAACUCCAGUAUCCAACCACCGUGUCAGCCUCCUAACUCCAGUAUCCAACCACCGUGUCAGACUCCUAACUCAAGAAUGCAACCACCGUGUCAGCCUCCUAACUCCAGUAUCCAACCACCGUGUCAGCCUCCUAACUCCAGUAUCCAACCACCGUGUCAGCCUCCUAACUCCAGUAUCCAACCACCGUGUCAGACUCCUAACUCCAGUAUCCAACCACAGUGUCAGCCUCCUAACUCCAGUAUCCAAGUAUCCAACCACCGGGACAGCCUCCUAACUCCAGUAUCCAACCACCGUGUCAGACUCCUAACUCCAGUAUCCAACCACCGUUUCAGACUCCUAACUCGAGUAUCCAAGUAUCCAACCACCGUGUCAGCCUCCUAACUCCAGUAUCCAACCACCGUGUCAGACUCCUAACUCCAGUAUCCAACCACCGUGUCAGCCUCCUAACUCCAGUAUCCAAGUAUCCAACCACCGGGACAGCCUCCUAACUCCAGUAUCCAACCACCAUGUCAGCCUCUUAACUCCAGUAUCCAACCACCAUGUCAGCCUCCUAACUCCAGUAUCCAAGUAUCCAACCACCGUGUCAGCUCCUAACUCCAGUAUCCAACCACCGUCUCAGCCUCCUAAUUCCAGUAUCCAACCACCGUGUCAGCCUCCAAACUCCAGUAUCCAACCACUGUGUCAGCUUCCUAACUCAGGGGUCCAAUCACGGUGUUAGCCUCCUAACUCCAGGAUCCAACCACCGUGUCAGCCUCCCAACUCCAGUAUCCAACCACCAUGUCAGCCUCCUAUCUCCAGUAUCCAAUCACCGUGUCAGCCUCCUAACUCCAGUAUCCAAGUAUCCAACCACCGUGUCAGCCUCCUAACUCCAGUAUCCAAGUAUCCAACCACCGUGUCAGCCUCCUAACUCCAGGAUCCAACCACCGUGUCAGCCUCCCAACUCCAGUAUCCAACCACCAUGUCAGCCUCCUAACUCCAGUAUCCAAUCACCGUGUCAGCCUCCUAACUCCAUUAUCCAAGUAUCCAACCACCGUGUCAGCCUCCUAACUCCAGUAUCCAACCACCGCGUCAGACUCCUAACUCCAGUAUCCAACCACCGUGUCAGCCUCCUAACUCCAGUAUCCAAGUAUCCAACCACCGGGACAGCCUCCUAACUCCAGUAUCCAACCACCAUGUCAGCCUCUUAACUCCAGUAUCCAACCACCAUGUCAGCCUCCUAACUCCAGUAUCCAAGUAUCCAACCACCGUGUCAGCCUCCUAACUCCAGUAUCCAACCACUGUGUCAGCCUCCUAACUCCAGUAUCCAACUACCAUGUCAGACUCCUAACUCCAGUAUCCAACCACUGUGUCAGCCUCCCAACUCCAGUAUCCAACCACCAUGUCAGCCUCCUAACUCCAGUAUCCAACCACCAUGUCAGCCUCCUAACUCCAGUAUCCAACCACAGUCUCAGCUUCCUAACUCAGGGGUCCAACCUCCAUCUCAGCCUCCUAACUCCAGUAUCCAACCACCAUGUCAGCCUCUUAACUCCAGUAUCCAAGUAUCCAACCACCGUGUCAGCCUCCUAA